AAAUCCGCAACUGCUACGGGGACCCCGGUAACUCCUCCAUAAUGACAACUUUCAAACUCAACACUGGCGCCACCAUUCCCGCCCUGGGCUUCGGCACAUGGCAAGACGCCGACGCCCAGGAAACAGCUGUACUGGAAGCCCUCAGGGCCGGGUACAGACAUAUCGACACUGCGCGCGUCUACGGUACUGAAGCCGCAGUUGGCCGUGCGAUCAAGAAAUCUGGCAUCCCGCGUAACCAGAUCUUCCUGACUACCAAGAUCUGGAACAACAAGCACCACCCAGACGACGUGGCACAGGCACUGCAAGAUUCUCUCAACGACCUGGAUCAGGAUUACGUCGACCUGCUGCUCAUCCACUGGCCCGUCGCCUUUAAGCGCGGGACGGAGCAGUUCCCGAAAACUGAAGACGGAAAACCGGCUGUCGCGGAUACAGAUUAUCUUGACACCUACAAAGCUUUGGAGAAGCUACUCAGCACGGGCAAGGUCAAAGCUAUCGGGGUCUCAAACUUUAGCAAGGCUGAGAUGGAGCGGAUCCUGGCGAACGCGACUGUCCCUCCCGCCGUGCACCAGCUGGAGGGCCAUCCCUGGCUGCAGCAGCGGGAGUUCGCGGAGUGGCAUAAGAAACACGGUAUCCAUAUCACGCAUUACUCGCCCUUUGGAAACCAGAACGAGGUCUAUAGUCGAGAGGGCACGAUCGGCCGGCUGAUUGAGGAUCCAGUGCUGGUGGAGAUUGGCAAAAAGUAUAACAAGUCUGCAGCGCAGGUGGCGCUUGCUUGGGGUGUCACUGAGGGUCACUCAGUAUUGCCCAAAUCGAAAACACCAGAGCGGAUCAAGGCAAACCUCGAGGGUGACUUCAAGCUAGAAGAGGAAGAUUUGAAGAAGAUUCGCGGCAUUGAUCGCAAGCUGAGGUUCAAUGAUAGCAGCAAGGACUUUGGGUAUGAUUUUUUUAAGGACCUGGAUGGGAAGAAAUGAGCGUAAUGGGUAGGGGUAUAACUGAAUGAUAUGAGCAUAAUGAUAAUGAAUCAAAUCAGAAUUCUACGCAUAUGCAUAUGUGCUCUAGAA